CAAGAUUCAAAGGUUCAGGACACAUCGUCACCCGGUGAAAACCUUAACGCGCUUUAGAUGGAUGAACACAGAGACGGGAGGAUGGGGGGAGUUAUGGUGGUAAAGGGAUGUGCAGGUACAGGUAUGAAAGGUCUCUUUGGUCUUCUUGGUCCUUGACAUCGUUGAACAAUCGAGUCAAUCUCUCUCUCUCUCUCUCAUCCACGGAUGGGCGUUGAAUGGAUUGAUGAGUUUUUUGCAAGACAAAUUCAUUUUUUGUUUUUCUUUUUCUCAUCUGGGUUCUCUUUUGCUGGUUCUUCCUCUCUCUCUCUCUCUCUCUCUCUCUCUGUCCUUUUCUUCCCUUUGGGGGUUCACGUUCAAACUCCACACUUUUCUCUUCGAUGACACGGCUUUCACACCUAACCCCCUUUGAAAUGUCAAUAUUCUCCUGUACAAUUUCUUGAGCUGAAUUCUCAUCCGAGUCUUGGUUUUUUUGGAGCUAAAUCACCAUUAUAACUCGUUCUGUUUCAGGCACUUCCACGGAUUCAUCAACUUGGGGGGUUUUACUCGUUUUCUCUCGCUUAUAUACUCCUCUUUUUCGCUGCAAAGAAUCUCUCCCGCGCAACCCAUUUGCUUUCUCUCUGUCGUAGACAGAUUGAUCGUCCCAAAAAAGGUUGAACUUGGGUUCUGUCCUAGGAUUUUCUUGAAGAUUCGAAUCGAUAAAGAAAACAAGAUGAAGUGUUUUUCCUUCAAGAACAAAUCCAAGUGCAAGGACAAAGCUACAUCCGCCCCGGAGUUAGGAACCGAGCGAGAACCCGGCAAUUCGGCGGCGAAUCGGACGACAAAGUCAUUGAGCUCAUUGCCAUCCCCUAGGAGAAGCAUACUUGAAUUGUACAAAGAGAAACAACACACUUUGAGGGCUUUCACGUUCGAAGAGCUGAGGCAAGCCACAAAUGGAUUUAGCAGGAUGUUGAAGAUCGGUGAAGGGGGUUUCGGGAGUGUUUAUAAGGGCACUGUUAGCCCUCCCGAUGGUAAAGGUCGUCCUCUCGUGGUUGCCAUCAAAAAGCUUAAUCAGAAUGGAUUGCAGGGUCGUAAAGAAUGGCUUACGGAAGUUCAGUGUCUUAGUAUCGUGGAUCACCCGAACCUCGUGAAGCUUGUAGGAUACUGCUCUGUGGAAAAUGAAAGGGGCGUGCAGCUCCUGUUGGUCUAUGAGUUCAUGUCAAACCGGAGCUUGGACGACCACCUCUUCAACAGGGCUUUGCCUACUUUGCCCUGGAAAACUAGAUUAGAGAUCAUUCUUGGAGCAGCCGAGGGACUGGCUUAUCUGCAUGAGGUCAUGGAACCCAAGGUGAUUUACCGAGAUUUUAAAUCAUCGAACGUCCUUUUGGACGAAAACUUUAACGCGAAGCUAUCUGAUUUCGGGAUGGCAAGAGAAGGGCCGGCAGAUGACCGCACUCAUGUGACUACAGCGGUGGUGGGAACAUAUGGUUAUGCUGCACCGGAAUACGUCGAGACGGGCCACCUCACAAUCCAGAGCGACAUAUGGACGUUUGGGGUGGUGCUCUACGAGAUCCUCACAGGGAGGCGGGCGGUGGAAAGGAGCCGACCGCCAAAGGAGCAGAAGCUCCUCGACUGGGUGAAAGAUUUCCCUGCAGACAGCAAGAAGUUCAUAAUGAUAAUGGACCCACGGCUACGGAACCAGUACUCUUUCGCUGCAGCUAGGACAGUCAUGAAAUUGGCGGAGAGUUGCUUGAGCAAGAAUGCAAAAGACAGACCCACAAUGAGUGAGGUGGUCUUGACCUUAAAGCAGGCAAUAGAGCAAUCAGGAGAGACAGCAACUUCUGUCACUGGGAAUGCUGAAUCAUCUGGUACUAGAAAAGUCGGUCAAAGGAGGAAGUAACAUGAAUCACUCUAAUCCUAAGAGGCGUGUUCGUUUCAUGUCAAGAUCGGUACGAGUAAAUAAAGUAUCUUUAGAAUCGCGGAAGACGAAAGUAUGCGAGAAGAAGAGAGAGGCGACAUGGAGAUGUAAAUGUAGGAGUUAUUACAGAGUUUGCGGGGAGGAAUUUGAGGGGAUUAAUUUAUAUUCUUUCCUUUUUUUUGCUGUGGUCAUUGAGAAUCUGGGGAAUGUUGUUCUCGUUGCCGUACAAAUCAAACCUUUUUCUGGGUCCUUUGUUCGUUCUGUUAUCUGUGGUUGUUGCUGUUGA